CACCCACCUGCCGAACGCCGGCGGCAUGCUGCCUCACCAUCUCGGGGGUUGCCCAUCAACAUCCGCUGCCUGCAACUGUUCCACGAGCGCCGGGCGGACCUCGCCGCGCCCGCCGGCGGGGGGGCCUCUGCCCUGCACCUGGCCUGCCGGGGCGGCUUCGAGGACGUGGUGCAGUGGCUCCUGCAGGUGGUCCCGCAUCGCCGAACGAUCCACGCAGUCGACGGCGAAGGCAACACGCCGCUGCACUGCUGUGCGCUGGUGGGCAGCUGCGACUGUGCCGUCCUCCUGCUGCGAGCCGGUGCGGACGCCAUGGCGAGGAACGGCCAGAGAAGGACCGCCUACGACAUCGCCAAGGUGCGCGGCACGGACCUGAGCAGCACGCACAGCGCCGAGCUGGCCGACCUGCUCAAGGACGCCACGCAGAGCGGGUCCUGCAACCAGUCCUGA